CUCAUCAUCUUGUAGUAACCGACGAAGAAGAGCAGAAAUCGGUGGGCGGCACAAACAAACACCGGCGAUGUAGCGCGAGACAAACUUUCUCCUCCGUUUUAACGACGUUUCAUUAUUUUAUUUUUUUUAACGGCAACAUCUCUGAAAAGGUUCGGUUCUGAAGAUGAGUUCAUUCGCGGGUCGGAUGAAGGAGUAUCCCACAGUUUCUCUGGACCGGUUCGACCGGGAGAAUCUACAUGCCCGGGCAUAUUUCCUCUCGCACUGUCACAAAGAUCACAUGAAGGGACUGAAAGGACCAAAACUGAAGAGAAAACUACAGUCCAGUCGUACAGUCAGGCUGUACUGCUCCUUCGUGACCAAAGAACUCCUGCUGAGUAAUCCCAAGUACGCUUUCUGGGAGGAAUACAUUCUUCCCUUAGAGCUCGAGAGCCCGACGCAGAUUUCUCUGGUUGAUGAAGCAUCUGGAGAGAAAGAAGAUCUCGUGGUCACGUUGCUUCCUGCAGGACACUGUCCCGGCUCAGUUAUGUUCCUGUUUGAAGGUUCCCAGGGAAACGUGUUGUAUACCGGAGACUUCAGGUUCGCUGUUGGAGACGCCUCGAGAAUAGAACAUCUGCACUCUGGCAGCAGAGUGAAAGAUAUUCAGACUGUUUAUCUGGACUCAACUUUCUAUGACCCGCGAUUCUACCAGAUUCCUACUCGGGAGGUCUGUCUGAACGGCAUUUUAGAGCUUGUUGGAAACUGGAUCACUCAGAGUCCGUAUCACGUUGUGUGGCUCAACUGUAAAGCUGCGUAUGGAUAUGAAUACCUGUUUACCAACCUGGGAGAGGAGUUCAACACACAGAUCCACGUCAGGAGUCUGGGGAUGUUCAACAAGAUGCCGGACAUCCUGAGCUACGUGACGACUGACCGCCGGACUCAGAUCCACGCCUGUCGACACCCAAAGGACGAGGAGUUCUUCCAGGGCAGCAGGUUGCCGUGUGGCUGCACGGCCUCGGACGGGACUCCUCUUCGAAUCAUCAGCAUCAAACCGUCGACCAUGUGGUUCGGAGAGAGAAUGAGGAAAACCAACGUGAUCAUAAAAACAGGAGCGAGUUCCUUCAGAGCGUGCUUCAGUUUCCACUCCUCGUACUCAGAGCUUAAAGACUUCCUCUCCUACCUCCGGCCCGUCAACAUCUACCCCAGCGUUAUCCCUAUUGGUCUGACGUUGACCCAGGUUUCCCAGAUGUUGAGGCUGAUGUGCAGGAACCAGUCCGACCAGGCGUUCGUAUACAAACCUCUGGGAGUCCUCAAACGCAGCAUGGUGGAGCGACCCACAUACGAGAAAAGAAGAGAAGAGGCCGCACUCCCUCCAAAGCCUUCGAUGUCUCUGAGGCAGGAUCCAGCCCAGGUGAUGGAUGCGCUCUCACUCUACAAUUCAGACAGCGACGACGGUUUGUUCGACGGUCUGGACCUGGAACCAGUGAGGAAGAAGAUGGGGCUGAACCAAGACUUAGAAAAUGUGAAAGCUCCAAGUCCUCAGAAAACAGCGCUGCCUCUGGAGGAGUCUUUACCUCUGACGGUCACAGACACUCAGCCUGGAGCUCGCAACUACGUGGACUGCACCGAGUCCAAUGAUGAAGAGGAGGAUGAGGGAGAGACGAAGGAGGAGGAGGAGGAUGAAGGAAAGGAGGAUGCAGAGCUGAUGAAGGAGGAGGAGACGACAACGAAGGAGGAGGUGAACGGGGUGAUGAAGGAAGGUGAGUGUAAUAAAGAGACCAAUCCUCCGAAAUGGGAGGAUUUCUUCACCACGGAGACGCUGACUGACAGCCAGAACAGCCUCAACAGCCAAUUACAAUCCUGCUGCUCUGUCCCGAGCCCCUCCCUCUCCAGGAUGACCGGCUCACAGACCCCUGAACUGUUCAGCGAAGAAGAAGAAACGCCUGCCGACGACGGAAACUUCAGUCUGACUCUGUCCGCCUCUCUGUCUAAUCAUUCCUCCCAGAACCUGGACUCGUAUUUACCCGACACCCUGAUUCUCCACCCAGAGCAGGGCGUACACGAGCAAGGAGACUUAAAGACCAAUGAUAUGUCUCAGGAGAAUGCGAGUGACGUCCAAAAGGUCCAUUUGGAGCCAGAGGAGCUCUCUGAGUCUCAGGUGUCGUCGGACUUCGACAUUCCCAGCACACCAGAGUCAAAAAUGCCACGACCUGAUGAGCUGUCGCAGCUGUACAGGAAGCUGGCGGCGGGCGAGGAAGUGGUCACCAGAAAGCGUGACUGAAAACAGUUCUCUCUCUUCUUUUGGUCCACAGUACAAU